AUGUCUACACCCACCAUCCAGAAGACUUUCCACUUCACCGAGGCCCCUCCCCAGGGCAAUUUCUCCAUCGCCGAAAGGCCGGUGCCCACCCCGGGUGACGGCGAGGUCCUCGUCCGCGUCGAGGCCGCUGCACUCAACCCUGCCGAUUGGAAGAUCACUGGCCCUGAGCUCAUCCAUGUGAUGGGCGUCCUCCCCCUCCCCCUCGGCACGGACGGAGCGGGUGUCGUCGAGGUCGUCGGCUCCGGCGUCACUACCUUGUCCAAGGGCGACAGAGUCGUCUUCCAAGGCUGGUUCGCUCCGGACAAGACUACCUUCCAGCAGUACACAAUCGUCAACCCCGCGUUCGCAGCCAAACCUGUACUCUCCCGCGUCCACGAACUCGCUCAACCUCCCCCCUUCUGGGGGGCGGGCCCCUCCCCCUCCGCAGGCACCCCCACGCUCAUCCUCGGCGGCGCAUCCUCCGUCGGCCAGUUCGCCAUCCAAGCCGCCAAGCUCGCAGGCCACAGCCCGAUCAUCACCACCGCGUCCCUGCGCAACACCUCGCUGCUCACCUCGCUUGGGGCGACGCACGUCCUCGACCGCUCGCUCUCCGUCGACGCUCUCGUCGCCGCGAUCGAGGGCGCGCUCAGGGGGACGCCGCUCUUGUACGCGUACGACGCGAUCACGUACGCGGACACGCAGUCAGUCGCCGUCCGCGCGCUCGCGCCCGGGGGAAAGCUCGUGACCGUGAACCCGGUGCCGCUGAGCGAGGAGGACAAGAAGGCCGCUGAGGGGAUGACGAUCGUUUUCGCGCAGGGGAACGUGCACGUGCCGUUCCACAGCGCUUUCGGCGCGGAGGUCUUUGCGCAGCUGAGUGGCUGGCUCGAGAAGGGCGACAUCAAGCCUAACCCCGUGGGAAUUCUCACCAAGGGUCUGGCGGGCAUCCAGGACGGAUUGAAGCGCAUGGAGGAGAACAAGGUCAGCGCCGUGAAGCUCAUCGCGCGCCCGCAGGAGACGCCGUGA